CAGUUUGUUUAAAUAUAUCCGCGAAACAUUCGUCGGAGUUAAUCUUGGAAGACAUGUCCCCACAACUACCGGUCAUCGAUGUGACACCCCUAUUGGAAGGUGAUAGCGUGAGAUCACGAUCAACUAUCAAAGACAUUAGUUCUGCUCUUAAAGACCUUGGAGUGUUCUACGCAACUGGGCAUGGCAUAUCUCAGGAGCGCGUACGGUUGAUUCUUCAGCACACACGAGAUUUUUUCAACCUUUCUCAAGAAAAGAAAGCGAGGCUUUCGUACAAGAAGAACGAAGGGUACAGAGGAUAUCUGCACUUUGGAUCAGAGCAAACUGCAGGUCAAGUAGAUGUUAAAGAAGGGAUGUUAUUUGGCAGUGAAUGUCAAAACAUGUCGUUAAUGUACGGCCAUAAUGUUUUUCCUGAAGCUGAUGAUAUACCAACUUUUAAAGAAGAUAUAGUUGAUUUUAUGGACAGCUUGAAUGAGCUUGGAAAAGUGAUAUCCAGAGCGUUUUUUAUGGAGUUCGAAGCUGGUGACAGUUUUUUUAAGUCAGCGUUUAAUCCGCCCUUCUACAUUUUUAAUCUUUGGCAUUAUCCCUCCAACUCUGACAGCAGUAAGUUUGGUAUCGGACAACACACUGACUACGAGGCUUUUACAUUCUUACUUCAAGAUGACGUUGGUGGGCUACAGGUUCAGAAGAAAGACGGGUCUUGGAUAGAUGUGCCGCCAAUACAAGGAACUGUACUGGUAAUGAUUGGAGACGCCAUAGAGUCCUGGACAAAGGGACUUUACAAAGCACCAGUCCAUCGUGUUAAGAACACAACUUCGCAAAGUCGUUACUCCAUGGCGUUUUUCUUUCAGCCCAACCUCGAGACUGUUAUCAAACCAAUGGAUAUUCCAGAGAUUUUAAAGAGAAACUUUGUACCAACUCGAAAAGACAUCAAGCUACCGUAUCACUAUGGACAACAGUUAUACAAAAACUACUGUCAAUCAUUUGGAGUUAUUGAACACGCAGUAGAUUCGACAACGAUCCAAUAAUUCUUUUAAAUUGCUCAUUUCAUUAAGUGGAGAUCGAAGUCUGAAACCUGUUGUAAUUUCUGAAAAAAGAAAAAAAAAUGUAACUUAAAAUGAUUUAGUGUUUCGUAGUGUAGUUAGCCGUAGUGUACGUUUUGUUGUACGUUUUGUUUAAUUUAUGUGGAUACUAGAGUUGUAAGUGUGCAUUUGAAAAAUUAAAAAAUAUAUUAUUAAAAAAAAAGUGGAGAUCGAUAUUUAGUAAGAUCCCUUUUUAGAAAUGACGGAUGGAAAUGGAUUGUACUUUCCGUAUAUGAAAAAUACACAUUAAAUACUA